AUGAGCGCCCCGACGAAGAAGCGCCGCGUCGAGCUCGUGCAGGUGGCACCCGCCGGCGGCGAGGCCUCUCUACAGCUCUCUAGCUUUGCACCGACUCUCUCACUCGCCGACGGCGUCACCGUCACGCUAAGCUCCACACCGCCCGCAAAGACGGAGACCGUGGCAAACGCAGAGUCUCUCGCCGCGGUGCUCAAGCGCCGAGCCGAGGUUGCGCGGCAGACCCACGACCGGUGGGUCCGUUCGCCGCGGGCAGCGUGGAUCCAGUCGCUGCUGGCAGAGCUCGGCCCUCCGGCGAGGGAGGAGCUGCUCGCGCUGCAGCGGCGGCACACGACACUCGCGGCGGAGGACUUUGCGACGCGGUGGGAGCUCGGCGCCGAGUGGUCGGGGCGGGUCGUUGCGCUCUGGCUCGGCGCGGAGGGGCGGAGCGUCGAGGAGGCGGCCGAGUUUGGGCACGAGAAGGAGGAGCUCUCCUCGGGCGUCGUGCUCGAGGGCGGGCUGCUGCACUCGCUCGCCACCGGGGCAGACGUCGGCGUCGAGGAGCUGCUGCCGUGGCAGAUGCUCCUCAUCCUCCCGGGAGGGGCGCACGGCGUCUACGUGCCUCGGCCGGCGCUGCAGCUGCCUCCGCCCGCCCGCCCGCUGCCGCCCUUCCGCCUCUCCGUCAUCCGCGCUGCGGAGCUCUUCGUGGCCCCGGUGUGCGACCUGUACGAGCGGCUCCUCCUCUCCGCAGCCGACUGGGCCACGCCUCUCGGACUGAGCGAGCGCGAGGCGGAGGCGGAGGCGGCGACGCUCGACGCCUUUGCGGCCGUGCAGCAGCGCGCCUGCGCUGAGCUCGGCCUGUCGCGCAGCGACUGGACCUUCUUCGCGACGCUGCUACAGCGGCGGUGGGAUGCCGCCGCGGAGGCGGCCGGGCUGGAGGGGGCCAACAGAGAGACGACAAUCCCUCUGUAA